AUGGCGUCGAAUCUAGCAGACAUGGCUACGAUGCUAACAUCAAAUCCCUGGAAGGCCUUCGCGGCAGUUGCCGCAACGGUCGUCGUAUGGCACUUGACGAAGGCCGUCUACAACAUCUUCCUCCACCCGCUCCGUCGGUUCCCCGGCCCCGUCCUCCAGCGCGCCUCCAGCAUCCCCUGGGCCCUGCAGCACUCGCGCGGCAUCCAGGCCUUCCGCACCCGGGAGCUGCACGACGAGUACGGCCCCGUCGUGCGCAUCGGGCCGGACCACCUCUCUUUCGUCGACCCGCGGGCGUGGAGGGACAUCUACGGCAACAACACCCCCGCCGGCCCGGACGGCAGGCUCUCCGACAUGCCCAAGGCCGAGUGGUUCGCCCGGACGGUGCGCGCCGUGCCCGCCAACAUUCUCAACGCCGAGGGCGACGAGCACCAGAGGUACCGCCGGGGCCUGGCGCGCGGCUUCUCGGACGCGUCGAUGCGCGAGCAGGAGGCCCUGCUGCUGCGGUACAUCGACAAGCUCGUGGCCCGGUUCCACGAGGCGUGCCGCCGGGGGGGUGGCACGGGUGGGGAUGUAAACAGCGACGGGAAGGGUGAGAGCAAAGGUAAGGGCGGCGGCGAAGGCGAGGCGGUUGUCAACAUCGAGGCGUGGUAUAACUGGGCGUCGUUCGACAUCGCCGGCGACCUCAUCUUUGGCCAGUCGUUCGGAUGCCUCGCCAACGCUGCCUACCACCCGUGGAUCGCCUUCAUCUUCAAGAUGGCCCGGUAUAACGCGCCCAUGGUCGGGCUCAAGUACGUCGGCCUUGGGCUCGUCGUCGAGGGCCUGUUCAAACUGGGCGGCAUGGUGGCGCUGUCGACUCUGCGGGACAGCAUAUCCCGGAUGCUCGAGUCCCGGCUGGCCCUCGGCUACGAGAGGAGGGAUCUCUUUGAGGGGCUUGUUAGCAAGCAGAAGGAAUGGAACCUGUCGUUUGAACAGCUGGCGGGAAACGCCGCAGUCCUCGUGCUGGCCGGGUCCGAGACGACGUCGACGACUCUGUCGGGCGCAACCUAUCUCCUGCUCAAGCACCCGGACGCCCUGAGAAAGGUGACGCAGGAGGUCCGGUCGUCCUUCAAGGACGGCAGCGAGGUGAACAUCAACUCGGUCGGCAAGCUCUCGUACAUGUCUGCCGUCAUAAGCGAGACGCUCCGCAUGUAUCCCGCCGUCCUGUCCGGCUCCGUGCGUGUCGUGCCACCCCAAGGCGGCCGCAUCGCGUCGCAUCAGGUGUCUCCCGGGACCAUGGUGGAAGUGCAGCAGUGGGCUGCAAACCACGUCCGAGAGAACUGGCACGACCCGUUCGUCUUCCGCCCCGAACGCUUCCUCGACGAGAACAAGGGACGGGACAAGGUGGACGCUCUGCAGGCCUUCAGUGUAGGGCCGCGCAACUGCAUCGGUCGGAACCUGGCCCACGUCGAGCUGAGGCUUAUCCUCGCCCGGAUCCUCUUGGACUUUGACCUCGAGUUCGCCGAGCCGCCGCAGGAGGAUUGGAUCGGGAAGCAGAAGGCGUAUGGGAUUUGGGGGAGGAUUCCCCUCGAGGUACGGCUGAAGCCCGCGGCAGCGUAG